AUGGUUGGAGGCGGGCUUGCCAAGACGCCGCUCGUUGCCCGUGCAGCCCUGGUCAAUGCUGCUAAGAUCGGGGAGCCCUGCCCAUCAGACAGGGUAACUGUCUGUUUCUCGCCUAAAGACUACAACAACAAAGAAGAUAACGUGAAAAAUGUUCCAGUUGAUAUCCCAAAUAAAGACGGCUGUAUGCCGAGAUUCCUUGGUAGCAACGUUCCCGGAGAAAAUGACGCGGCUGCUUGGCGCACUCGAUGCUGCAAAAAAUCUGUGUUGAUUGAGAAGAAGUUAGCUCAGGAACCAUUCGCGGAGGGAACUAAAUUCAAUAUCCCGAAGGAAAUAAUGGUCAAUGGAAGAUCACUUGAAGACCCAGACCAAGCCCCGGAGACAGCUUGUAAUUAA